AUGGCCAAGGCAAGAAAGUGUGUAUUUGCUGCUAGAAGAGUAGAAUACUUGGGGCAUUACUUUUCACCAGAAGAAGUAGCAACAUAUCACAAGAAAAUAGAAGUUGUACAAGGGUCUACAGGGUACUAUAGAAGAUCCAUGCAAGGGUGUGGAGUUAUUAGCAAACCCUUGACUGAGUUGCUGAAGAAAGAAAAUUUUAACUCGAAUCAACAAUCAACUGAAGCAUUUAACAGACUCAAAAAGCCCUCACAACAGCUCCAGUACUCAUCUUUCCAGAUUUUCCUUGACAUUUGUGGUGGAGACAGAUGCAUUCAAUUUUUGGCAUUGGAGCAGUGUUAA